AUGACCUCAUACGACUCUGACUCUUCAGAUGGAGGGGAGUUUACAGAGACCAACGUCCUCUUGGGAUAUGCCUCCAAAGACUUACAAGACGAGACUAUAAGCAAAUUAGGCGGCAUUCCUGAAUGGCUGGAAGCCGACAAGCCGCCCUCAGCAGCUCUCGCGCGAUGUAAAGUCUGCGGGAACCUCAUGGUUCUCAUCCUCCAGUUGAAUGCCGAACUACCAGAGAGAUUCCCCGGCCACGAUCGACGACUAUACGUAUUCGCCUGCAAGCGCGAAUCCUGCCGCCGCAAGCCGGGGAGCAUUCGAGCUCUGCGCGGGGUAAGAAUCUGGGCCGACGACACCGCGGCAGCUCCGGCGACGGAAGCAGAAGAAGGGCCGAAGAAGCAGGAGGCGAGUCCUCGUGACGGCGACGGCCUCGCCUUGGGCGACGCCCUGUUCGGAGGCCAGGCCAUCGGCGGCGGGUCAGGAGCCAACCCGUUUUCCAGCAACGCGAACCCGUUCAGCACCGGCUCCGGCAACCCGUUUAACACAACGCCUUCGCAGGGCCGGCUCGGUCUUCAUCAGCAGGGACAUGUGGCAAGAGGGGACGCCAGGCCUGCCUCGGCCUCGCUCAGCAAGACCUUUGCGGAAUCGUUGGCGCUGGGCACGGGCACGGGCACGGGGCCUACCGGUCCUGCUCCUCCUGCUCCUCCUCCUGAGCCGUGGCCGGAGAGCUCGGCCUUGCCCAAGCCGUAUCCGACGCUUUAUCUGGCAGAGGCUGACUACGAAACGCUCGAGCCGGCGUCGACCAAGAUCCCCGACAAUGCGCGUGUGGAAGAGGUUGAUGCGCCCGAGACUGUGUCCGCCCUGGACCGCGAAGCGUUCGAGUCGUCCAUGGAUGCUGCGUUUCAGAGAUUUGCGGAUCGCCUUGCCCAGAACCCAGACCAGGUGAUUCGCUACGAGUUUGCGGGCACGCCGCUUCUUUACUCGAGGACGGACGCGGUGGGGGAGAAGCUCACCAAGGGUUCGAUUCCUGGAUGCCCCAGUUGCGGCGGCAAGAGGACGUUCGAGGUGCAGCUUACGCCGAACGCCAUCGCGGAGCUGGAAGCCGACGACUUGAGCCUGGAGGGGAUGGAGUGGGGGACGAUUAUUGUUGGCGUGUGCGAGCGGGAUUGUGUCCCUGGGCAUAUCGGCAAGGACGAGGCCGGAUAUCUGGAGGAGUGGGCUGGGGUACAGUGGGAGGAGCUUACGAAGCAAAAGUAG